AUGGGUGGCACUGGUGUCGGGAAAAGCACAUUUAUAAACGUUCUUGCAGCGUCCAGCGAUGGCCGUGAAAAGGCCAGAGUUGGUCAUACGUUGAUGUCAUGCACCGCUGACGUCCAAAUAUUCCCAUGUACCCUCCAAGGAAGGAGGUUCAACCUCAUCGACACGCCUGGAUUCGACGACCCACGCAUGUCCGAUGUAGAGAUCCUGUCCAGGCUCGUCGACUACUUCCGAACUCGCCCGAUCCACGGCGUCAUCUUUCUGCACCGGAUCACGGACAUACGCUUGUCCGGCUCGGCCAUCCGGACGGCGCAGCUCAUCAAGCACAUCUGCGGAGCGGAGUUCUUCGAGCGCGUGGCGCUGGUGACCGGCAUGUGGGACGUGGUGCGCGACAAGGACCGGGAAGCGGCCCACCGACGCCUGACCGAACUGAGGAACCACGACUCUUUCUGGAGGCCGUUCGUAACGGGCCGGGCAAGAAGCCACUCCUUCAGCCGUCGGCACCGGUCGACGGCAGAGAAGGUGAUCAAAUCCUUCUUCGAUCAGCAGCGAAAGCCAGGCUAUCGCGUUCAACCCCUGGCCGUCGUGAGUCAGAUCAAAGCACUUGGUACUCUCGCGAAGACCGACGCGGGUCUGUACCUGCUGCGACAGCACUCUCGCGAGAACAACAGUGAUAGCAGGUGGAGUGUGCAGAAGCGUUGA